CCAGCAUGCUCUGUAAGUCGCCAGGAACGCCUGGCUACCGUCGUAGGUGCGGGCCGCCUGAAUGGAGCUUCGGGCGUAAGACUUAGCCUGACACCGCCUGCGCGGCCGAUAUCUGCUCCCGGAGCGUGAGUGUUGGGAGUGGGGCGUGCGCGUGCGCGUGCGCGCUCAGAGGGGGCGCAAAGCGGGCGCGCCCGGCCGUUGCGGGCGCGUGGCUGCUGAGCUUGGCGGCAGUGGUGCCGCGCGCCCGACAGGCCGGUAGUUGCGGGGCCUCCUGCCUCGCCCAGGGCUGUGGGCAGCCGUGGCGGCCGCCGGGGACCGCAAGGGGCGGAGGAAAGCUGGAGGUGGUGGGGGCCGGCCUCGGCACGCAGAGGAACGGCAGAGCAUGCCCCCAGACAACAUGGCCUCCCUGAUCCAACGGAUCGCCCGCCAGGCGUGCCUCACCUUCCGGGGCAGCGGGGGCGGCCGCAGCUCUUCUGACCGCUGCGCUGCGCCAGGCCCUGAGGCGCCGAUGCCGCCAGGCUUCCCGGAGAACCUAAGCAAACUGAAGAGCCUGCUGACCCAGGUCCGCGCGGAAGACCUGAACAUCGCCCCCCGGAAGGCCACGCUGCAGCCUCUGCCACCCAACCUGCCGCCUGUCACCUAUAUGCACAUCUACGAGACUGACGGCUUCAGCCUCGGCGUGUUCCUGCUCAAGAGCGGCACGUCCAUCCCGCUGCACGACCACCCGGGCAUGCACGGCAUGCUCAAGGUGCUCUACGGCACCGUGCGCAUCAGCUGCAUGGACAAGCUGGAGGCGGGCAGUGGGCCGCGGCCGCGGGCCCCGCCGCCAGAGCAGCAAUUCGAGCCGCCGCUGCAGGCCCGGGAGCGGGACGCGGUACGGCCGGGCGUGCUGCGCUCGCGGGCGGAGUACACUGAGGCCAGCGGCCCCUGCGUCCUUACGCCGCACCGGGACAACCUGCACCAGAUCGACGCCGUGGACGGGCCCGCCGCCUUCCUGGACAUCCUCGCCCCGCCCUACGACCCUGAAGAUGGUCGGGACUGCCACUAUUACCGGGUGCUGGAGCCUGUCAGGGCCAAGGACGCCUCCGGUUCGGCCUGUGAGCUGCCCCGAGACGUGUGGCUCUUGGAGACCCCGCAGGCCGAUGAUUUCUGGUGCGAGGGGGAGCCCUAUCCAGGUCCCAAGGUCUUCCCUUGAAGCUGCUGGCGCCAGGGAGCGGUGGGCCAGAGACAUGCCCUACUCAGAUCUGGGCCUGGCCAGCCGUGACCCACCACAAGGGCUCUCUCCCUUCCCUCAUGCCUGGUCGUUGGAUCUACUGGAAUGGGCUGUAGCCACUUCCUCGGGAGCCUUGGAAAGCUUCGGCGCCUGGACUGCAGCCACCGGGCACGGUUUUGGGGGCGGGGUAGGCGAGGAAGCUAGGUUGUUUCCUGGCUCUGUCACUGCCACCAGGGUUUUGAUUUGGGGGGUGCGGGGAGGGGGCAGGGGACUUAUCUGAAGCGCUUCCAUCUUAAAGCCAUAAUGAAAAUUCUCUUUCCUCUGUCCCCCACCCUAUACAAAAUACACUUAAGUGGUUUUCUCAGUCCCCUCCUUGGGUAAAUAGGGUUUGUUUUCCACAUACGUGCUUAUGCCCUUUUACUCUUUAUUGUUAUAGUGCUAACUUAUUGACUUUGCAUGACCCAGUGGUUUGGAUUAUUUUUAGUUCAAGUCAUUGGUAAAGCUAGGUUUAAAGAGAUGAGUUACUGUUUAAAAGUGAGCUGUCUGGCCUAAUUAAUUCAUUGUAAAAAUGAAUCAUAUUUCCAGAGUUGGGGGAUUAUCCCCAAAACAUGACUAUGCAUGUAAAGGACAAGAUUUAUUUUCUUUCCUCUUUUUGCCCAGUAGCCACAUCUGGUUUGCUCCAGCAGCAUCUAUUAAGAAAUUCAGCACCUGCAUAUCUCAGUGACAAAUGGUCACUCAGAGCUUAUCUUCCCCAUGAGUCUCCAGAUCUGUGAAUUGAACAGAUUUCUUGUUGCAGAUUUCACCUUUAAUGCAAAAACUAUAUUAUCCUCAAGUGACUUUUUUUGUCUUAGUGUACUUUUAAGAAGUAAUAGAGUAAUUUUGUAUCUUCUAACCAGAAGAUUCAAAGGAGCUGAAUCUGUAUGCUUCCAAACAACUUGAAUGUAGAACAUUCGUAGUCAGCUGUUGAAUUCCAUGCCCCUGUUUACUUCUAGUAUUUUCAUGCAAAAGUAGAGGAAAAUGUUGGUGACUGUUUCAAACUCUCUCCAGUGUUAAUGUUCCAGAGGGCUGGUGGUUCCAGCUGUGUUGUUCGUGGUAGUGUUUGCAGAACUCUCCCUCAAAUAGGAGAGAGCCAGUGCUUGCUUCAUCUAGGGUGGUGUUUCUGUAGGAAGAGAGAGAAAGCACAGAUGAUCAAGGUUAGAGAAUUGAGAAUUGACCUUACUGCUGGCCAUUUUAGGGCACCAAAAUUUGGGACAAAACACUCCCAGCCUCUCGAAAUGAACAGUUGUACUAUUUGUGACUGGUUUUAUUUUUGUCCUUUAAAUAGGGUGAGCAGUUUUACCUUGUUUACAGAUGUAUUGACACCAUUUGCUUCAGGCCAUGAAGCACUCUUGUUUCCCCCUUUUUCCUAUUUAUAGGAUUAAUUUUUUCACGAAACUUUUAAUAAAAACAAAUUGUAGAAAUAAACACAUUAAAAUUUGCCCAGCUGUCGUCUAAGCCCUCUUGAUUGACUUGCCCAUGUGGCAAUUGAGUUCUAAUAUCUGUAAUAAACGGGGAUUUGCAAUUGGUGGGAAGUGAUGACCCUAUGUAGGGAAGCAAUAUGUGUCUGUCCCUCUUUUUGCACACUGGGUUACAGAGGCCCACAGUGAAGGAAUAUUUGUUCCCAAAUUUAAAAAUUGAAAAAAAAGCAAAAUUUUAACAAAUGACUUUUUUUAAACAAGAUGCUACUCAACAUGAUAUGCCACUGAGUUGUAAAACCUGACGCUGGCAUAAUGCAAAGCAUUUCCUCUAGGUUUGCUAAAAUUGUUUUAUGGUAGUGUCAUAUUCUGAUGGGGUUUAAUAUACCUUAGAGGCAGUUUGAAGUAAGUCAUCGUGCCAUUCAGUUUGAAAUUAAAUUCUAAAUAUGCAAAUGAUUUUCUUUAAAAUUGUUCACAAAAUGAGUCUUUGUCAUAGCACAGUGAUGAAUGUGUAUGGUUAUCAAUCACAUACCUCCCUGUUUUGAAUUACAUUGUGGCAAAAAGUUGAUUAAUUUAUAAAGAUUGUUGAUAGUGAUGUGUGUGUUAUAAUACAACCUGGAGUACAUUUAAGUAACCUACCAAAACUCAUUCUGGCAAUAGGACAGUAGUAAAGGAGAAAUUGUUUUUUCCAAACCUCAUUAUGAUAAAUUUUGAAGUUCCCAAGUACAAGCAAGUUGAAUGAAAAAGACUAAGGUGCUUUUCAAAAGAAUAACUGAAAUUGUCGCAGGCCAAACAAGCAAUAUAUCUCUCUAGCUCUGUAAGAAUAGUGAAACUUUUGGUUCACUAAUAAAUUCUGAAUUAAUUACUGGUAAAAACAGAAUUAACUUGUUUUAGUGAGCCACUAAGGAAAGAAUAUUCUUAUUACAAAAGCAAAAUGUGGUGCAGAAUAGCCUUGCACCUUUCUAUAGAAACUUAAACAUGACUUGAUGUGCUGCUGUUGUGUUUCCAUAUGUUCCUGCAGCGAGUAACAACUGUGGGAAAAGUUGUCUUCGCUUACAAAGACUGAUGAGCACAAUAAUACUAAUCACUUAAAUUUUCUGUUGAAUAACAAAUGCAAUAAUUGCCUCUCAUGGAUGAAAAAAAUUGUCUAAUACUUCUAAGUAUCUACCUAUUACGUUAUGGGGAUUUUUUUUUUUAUUAAGCCUGAUUUGCAUGACUUGAGUUUACACCAACUGCUGUUUAUCAAUGAAAAUGGUGAACCUAUUUUUAAUGUAAUAUGUGUUUGUCCACAGGAGUAGGUUAUGUGAACUUUUACACUAAUGGCCCUUAAUUUCUCCCAGAACCCACACAUUUUAUUCCUUCUUUUGCAUUGUCCCCUUGUUGGUGCUUUGUCUAGGCAUCUCAGGAGGACUCUCAUCACUCAUCUAUUCCAAAUGACUUGGAGUCUUGUGCUCAAAGUCUACUGUUGAACAAAGAAGCAAUAUGUCUUUAAUUCAGGGCUCUGCCCAUUGCUGUUCAACUCUUAACUUGAGGGCAGUGCCACUCCUGUAACUCUCCUGUUCUCAGUUCAGAACUUCAGGUUACAAACAGAAGCUGACCACUGAUCUUCCAGUGCAAUGAGCGUCAAAGAUGGAAAUAAUUUGUUAAGCCCCAUAUAGAUACUGAAUCUUCUGAUCCAGGGAUGUUUACAUUUCCAGAUUAAAAUCAGUGUGCUUAUGGACAAUAAAGGCAUGUUUGAAAUUGUU